AUGCCCAAGGGCAGGAGAGAUGCUACACCGCUGCCGUCGCCGAGCAAUCCUCCGCGCCCGAACCUCCCCGCCGUGUCCGAGCUCGCCGCCAGCUUCGCCGUAGCGGGAGGAGCCCGUUUCGCUGCUCGCCGACGCUUCUCCGCCGCCAGACCGAGCCGUCAUCGCGCACCGAAGCUUUCCCGACCGCCAAUCGAGCCGCUCCGUCGUCGCACCGGCACCUUCACCGAGCUCCGAUCCCGCCGCCGCCUCUCGCCGUCGCCGAGCCGUUGGAAGCCACCCCGACGCGGACGUGUUGCUCAAUCGGGUUCGCCGUCGUCUCCUCUCCGUAUUCCGCCGCUCGCCGUCGAAGUCCAGCCACCGGAGCUCCACUCCGGCGACUCUCCGGUCAAGCACCGCCGCCCUGAGCUCGCGCCGCCGACCCGAGAAGGAAGAUUCAAGGAGGAGAGCAGAGUGCCAGCAUUCAAGACCAAGUUUUCGAAGAUUCUGAGCAGCCAACUUACGAAGAAGGUGAAGUCUUCGAGGAAGUCCCGGGCGAGGACGCUGAUUUCUAGAAGGAAGAAGGCGUUGAUUGAAGACCAUGUCCUAGGCUGGUGUUUCCCCCGGACAACGCCUGUGGAUGGAUGGGUGUCCCGCUGCCAAUUGAAGAUUUAUUAGUAUUUUCUUUCAGACCUAUGGGUCCUUUUGUAAGGAUUGUUUACGUUAUUUGAGACACAGUUUAUGUUAUCACUAAUGACGUCGCUGCAUGUAUGUAAACUUGAUCCUGGCAUACAUGUGGAA